UGAUAACUGAAUCAAAACGAAGAAGAAAAGAAACGUAUUUGCCGGUCAAGUCCUUAGAAGCGACCACAAACCACGAUGAAGAUCUGGACGUCAGAACACGUUUUCAGCCACCCAUGGGAGACGGUUACCAAAGCAGCUAUGCAGAAGUACCCCAACCCCAUGAACCCUAGUGUAUUUGGUGUAGAUGUGUUGGACCGAAGAGUGGACCAACAAGGCCGGCUUCACAGCAAACGCUUGCUCAGCACAGAAUGGGGCCUUCCAUCUAUAGUCAAUUCAAUCAUUGGUAAUGCACGUGCAUGUACAUAUGUUGAAGAGCAUUCUCUUGUGGACCCCAAAGAGAAGACUUUGGAGCUUAAGUCUUCAAAUAUUACAUUUACCAACAUGGUGUCUGUAGAUGAAAGGCUUGUCUACAAACCACAUCCAAAUGACCCACUAAAGACUGUGCUAACCCAGGAGGCCAUCAUCUCUGUGAAAGGAGUCAGUUUAAGCAGUUACCUAGAGGGGCUUAUGGCAAACACUAUCUCAACUAAUGCUGGAAAGGGCCGUGAAGCAAUGGAGUGGGUUAUCAGGCGUCUGAACGCAGAGUUUGAGGAGCUAACUCUUACAGCAAGAGGCACAAUGAGGAAAUCCAUGGCUGCAGCAGUAAUAGAAAAAUGAAUUUGCAAGUCUCUGCAUCUAACAUUUUUUUUCUUGUGGACCACCUCACAGAGGAAAUGAGAAAAGAUGCAGAUCUUAUCUCAA